CUCGCUCGCUCGCCCGCCGUGGUCUUCGCUUUCGUCGGGAAGUUCUAGUCUCUCUCGUUUCUUUCUUUCUCCCUCUCUUCCUCUCCUUCUUCUCGUCAAGGAGAGGAGAGGUAGGCAUCGGUGGGUGAGCGAAAGCCCCAGCUGUUCUGCCUCGGUUUUGACCUUCGAUCUCUCCGCUGGUCUUUGAUCCCGGCCUGGGUGCUCGUCGCCGGUCCUCGCGGAGCGCUUGUGGGAGUGGGAAAUUUGGAACCUAAAGACUGUUUCCGGGGGAAGGUUAGAGGGGAGGAGAUUAAAUUGGUUCCUGUGUCGUUGACUAGAGAUAAAAAGGCUAAACAAAAGAAAUAUCCUCACACACAUUUUACCUAAUAGCUGGGAAAGCUUGUUUUUGAGAAAUUAUGUGUUUCCUGUUUCUAAAUGGAGCGACGAAGGCAGAGCUCCAAUCAAGAUUUUCUGCAUCAAUCAGGUCUAACAGUACAACAUCAACUGAACGUGACAUGAGAAGAUCAGGGUCUGAGUUGAACUCUAGGGAUGUUUCCAGUGAUGCCGCUGAUUACAUGGAGAGGCCUCUGUACCCUAGCUUCUCCCAGAUAACAAGCAAUCUCAGGGUUUUCACAUUUUCAGAACUGAGGACUGCCACAAGGAACUUUAGCCGGUCGCUAAUGGUUGGAGAAGGUGGGUUUGGAUGUGUUUACAAGGGAACAAUUAAGAGCCUUGAAGAUCCAAAUGCAAAUAUUGAGAUUGCGGUAAAAAAACUAAAUCGUAAGGGACAGCAGGGACAUAAAGAAUGGUUGACAGAAGUUAAUGUUCUUGGGGUGGUUGAGCAUCCAAAUCUUGUCAAAUUGAUAGGCUAUUGUGCUGACGAUGAUGAGAGGGGAUUACAACGGCUUCUGAUAUAUGAAUAUUUGCCAAAUGGAAGUGUAGAGGACUAUCUGUCUCCUCAAUGUAAGAGAACACUUUCUUGGUCCAUGAGACUAAGGGUAGCUCUUGAUUCUGCUCGUGGAUUGGCAUACUUGCAUGAAGAAAUGGAUUUCCAGAUUAUAUUCCGUGAUUUUAAAACCUCCAAUAUUCUUUUGGAUAAAGACUGGAAUGCAAAACUGUCUGACUUUGGCUUUGCUAGACAAGGACCAACAGAAGGAAUAAGUCAUGUUUCCACAGCGGUUGUAGGAACUGUGGGUUAUGCAGCACCUGACUACAUGCAAACUGGUCGCCUGACUGCCAAGAGUGAUGUAUGGAGCUAUGGAGUUUUCCUCUAUGUACUUAUCACAGGCCGUCGACCUAUAGAUAGAAAACGUCCAAAAGGUGAACAGAAGCUCUUGGAAUGGGUGAAGCCACGUAUAUCUGAUGCCAAGAAGUUCCAUAUAAUUAUGGAUCCAAGGCUAGCAGGUGAGUACUCUUUAAAAUCUGCAAUAAAGCUUGCUUCUGUGGCGAAUAAAUGCCUACUGCGGCAGCCAAACUCUAGGCCGAAGAUGAGCGAAGUUUUGGAAAUGGUGCAUAAGAUUGUGAAAAGUACAGAAACUGGAGAACCACAGCCCCCAUUAAGAAACUGUGAUUCAGAACAAGGAAACCCAGAAGCAGCAGAAAAGAAAGGUCCGAGGAAAACUCUUAAAAUCUUGGGAGGCAUGCAGUCGGUGUGGCAGGGAUGCGGGUCAAAGCUUGUAAAUAUAUUUUGAGUAGCUUUGUGAGUGUUGGAAGUUACAGCAAUGUUCUUUUGGAGAGCUUCUGUUUUCUCAGAGCAAUAGUCAAAGAGGAACUAGUAUUAUUAUAUCGGAGAUUACAUCAUCUUUCAAAAUAGAUUCUGUAUAUUUCGUUCGUCCCUGUAAUCCUCAGAAUGAUUAAAUGUAGAAUUGGUUUGUUUUUUUCUAGUGGAUUCAAAGAUAUCACACUGACAAUGGCAUCGCU